GCGGGCUGAAGAGCUGCCGGGCCGGGCUGAGUAGGCCUGCAUCUGCUCCACUGUCACCGCCCUUCUCCAUCGCGAUCCUCCCGGGAUCUUUUUCGGUUUACGAGAUCGAGGCCACCGAACGGGCGGAACGCACGCAUCCUCGCUCCCGUCCUGCGACCGCCAGGGCAUUGCGCUCUUCUCUCCAGGAAGCCAGCCGACUUUGCGGGAAAAGUCGCUCUGCUGAGAGAGCUUUGUCCAAGAUGCUCAGCAAGUAGGCGCUGCCGCUUGUGCUGUUGCCUCGCUGCCGCUUGUUUCGCGCCCGCCUACCUACCACCUUAGAGGUGCCUACCCAAGGGCCUGCUUAGGUAGACUCGAGUCAGCUGGCCGCCGUCGUCCUUGGCACCUCCGGCCUCGACUCAACCAUGCCGGUGGUCGAUGCUUCCGGCCCGUCAUACCCCGAAUCCGAGCCCGCCCGCGAGCCCGAACCAUGCCGGACCUCCCACCGUAGCAACCACCGCGGUGGGCAUCGGCGAUGCGACACCAUGUCUUGCCAUCCAGCUUCGCUGGCCGACGCCCACGGAAGCAGACGCCGCCGCCUUGACCUGUUUCCGUCCCCGGUCAUCGCUGCGCUUACCUUGCUGAUCGUCGUGUCGAGCGCAAUCCUCCGUCCUGUAGCAGCCGCCGCUGUGUCAUUCCAAAACUGCCUGUCCGACUCCUACGUCAACAACGAGCCGACGCCGCUGCAAUGGGUUCCCAUGCUAGUCGACGCCGCCUUCGACACGGUGAAUCCUAAGCACACGCUCCGUGUGACCAUGUGGGGAAAUGUGACGGGCUCCUUCACCAACGUUACGCUGCCGCCGCCUGGGAGCCCGGAUUGGACGAACCCGAACAAAACCGACGGCAAGAUCUUGGAUGAGCCUCAGCCGGACGUGCCGAACCCGAAGCUCACGACGCUCCAUAGCAAGAUUGACGUGCUCACCUACGAGCCAUGGAGCCAGAAUACAAACUUUUGCAAGACGUCGCUCGUGAAUGGCUCAUGCCCUCUUGCGCCAGUUUUCGUCCCGGCCAACUCCAGUUUGCUCCCGUAUGUCCUGCCUUCCGUGAGCAUGAGCAACGACUUCUAUUCGACCUACGCCUUCACCUCGUUUACGGCCACCUUCAUCAUCAUCUACGGGGACGCUCAAGGAACCAACAUUGGGUGCGUCUCCGCUUCCGUGACGCCCGACCUGGGAAACCUGGUGUGGGUCCUCAAGUUCCUGCCGCUGCUCGUGCUGCUCUUCGUUGGCGCUGCCACCGUUUUUGCCGGAGUCUUCAGCCCGUGGGGGGCCGCCGAUAUCUUCCACUGGAGCUCCAACUACGGCCGGGACCCCGACCUGCUUCGCCUUGUCACGCCCGGUUUUGGCGAUUGUCUGCAGUACAUCCAGUUCAUCGUCCUUACCGGCGGCCUGACGCUCAGCUAUCCGGGCUUUUACCAACCCAUCGUCAGCCAGGGGUCCUGGGCUGCGCUGAUGUUCAACCAAAGCUUUGUGAGCAAGGAACCGGGCUGGAUCAGUGUGCAGGACGGCAUCUACGUCACCAACGGUAGCUACGGUCUUCAACAGCUUGCCCAGCUGGUCGGCAUGGGCAACGUCGAUGACGUCUGGGCCGGCAUGAUGGUCUGGCUUCUGGCCAUUAUCGCCGGCAUGAUCGUCCUUGUCCAGACAGGGUUCCUCGCCCAGUGGCUCUACCGCUUCGUGAAGAAGAUACCAGAGGAGGACCUCCGUGCCAAGAACAUUCCCUUCACGCUCGGCAACGUCAUCAGGAUAGUCUUCAACUAUUUCCUGCUCCCGAUCGUUGCUCUGUCGACUUUCCAGUUGGUCGUCGCCAGCAGCUCACCAGCUUACGCCGUCGCUUUGGCUGUCGUGACGCUGAUCCUUAUCAUCGGCUUCGCCAUCUGGCUGCUUUACUUGAUCGCGUCGACGAAACCGAGGGCCUUCUUGUUCGACGACCUGCCGACACUGCUUCUCUAUGGUCCCCUGUACAACACGUACUCCGACGAGGCUGCUGCUUUCACCUUGAUUCCGGUUCUUCUCACGUUUGUUCGCGGCAUCGCCAUUGGCGCCGUCCAGCCUGCCGGUGUUGCCCAGGUCGUCCUGCUCGCGAUUUGCGAGGUGAUCCAGAUCCUGACGCUCCACGCCUUCCGCCCGUUCCAUUCUCCCACCUCCAUGAACGCCUAUCACACGCUCUUCUCCGCGGUACGCCUCAUCACGGUGCUUCUCAUGGUCGCCUUCGUUCCAUCUCUUGGAGUGACCGACGGGCCGAAGGGCUGGAUUGGCUAUGCCAUCCUCGUUACACACGCGGGCGUGCUCGUCCUUGGCUUCCUCCUCAACGCCGUGCAGACGAUCGUUGAGGUACUAGCCCGGAUGCUCGGGGCCGGCGGCGACGAUAUCCGCGGGCAGUCGCGGGGUGGCCUGUCCAAGAUCUUUGGAAUGAGGCAGUUGUCGCGGCGCAUGUCUCGGCGAAAUGCUGGCCCAUCCAGGCACAGCCAGCUGUCAAGCUCGGCGAUGCUGGAUGCCGACGAAGUCUCUCAAACUGGGUACAUCAUGCCCGGCGGUCGGGUGAGGAGCGAAUCAGCGGGAAGCAUCGGGAUGCUGAUGCAUCGCCGCCAGAGAAGCUCCUCCGUCCUGGACAGCCUGAGCCUCGAUACCCCGGCGCGCAACCUCGACGGCGGCGCAGGCUCCUUCACCCCGACCACCGCCGGCGAAGCUAGCACCUUCUCCUAUUUGCCCUCUCCCAAGUACGCAGUGCGCUAUCAAGGUCCCUUCGGCUUGCAAACGCCAGACCCGUAUUAUCGUCCCCCGAGACAACGACAGGGGACUCUGGAGAGUUCGUCGUCUGCCACCCCCCACACGGCUGGGCCGUGGCGGGCCGGCGAAGGCCCACAGAAACGCCUGAGCCAGGUCGGAACUGGUACGCUCGGGGAUCCUGCCGAGCUUGGCGCGCAAAUAUCGCGGGACGUCACGCCCGCGCCCUACGCCCUUCCUUUCGCUCCGCGAGCUGACUACGCCACGCGCGAGGUAGACUUCUAUUACGGGGUCCGAGGCGAAAGAUUAAACUCAGGCGCGCCUAAUCGUAAGCUAGGGACCGGCCCGGCUGAUCCAACUGGCCCAAUGGCGUCCGCCGCCGGCUGGUUUCGAGGCAUGUUUGGGAAGAAGGGAAAGGACAAAGCAAAGGGAUUCGAAGUUGUCAGAAGCUCACGGAUGCCGCCGGCCAUGCGUGCCAAUGGCGGCGAUUUCGAGGACGAGGCUCCUCCGGAAGGAAUACCGGUCGCCAUGGGUGUCUUGCGGAACGGGCCCAUCGAGUCUGACGACGAGGAUGAAGGACGGCGGCAGAAGGGUGCCCCGACAACUCACGUAGGUUCGCCGGAACGUGAGCCGCUAAACAGCGGAAGGGUAUCCCGGGAUGGCGACGCGGAUGGAACUGGCAUCGCAAGCGCUGCCCGGGCCUCAACGGCGUUGGCGGAUAUCAGCGCGGAAAAAGACCCUAAGGGGACAACCGAAGCUACGCAGCAGCAGCAGCAGCAGAGUGUGAUAGACGACCUACCCGUUCCGGAGGUGCCGAGGAAGAGUUCCAAACGAAACUCAUGGAUGAAUUUCCAGAAAGGGGAGUCAAUAUCGCAAUCGCAAACGGAGACUGGGCAGGCGGCAAACCCUGCUCCGUCUCUGACAGCACCGUCUAGGUUGCCAUUUGAGCGGACGCCUUCACAGAAACGGCUAUCGGGCUCCUCGGCAGGGCUUACGGAUGACUUCAUCCAGGUUGAUCUGCAAGAUUCCCACAGCGGCACUGAGGAAAUGCCAGCAGAGUACGGGGUCGUCAACCAGGGCAGCAUCCGCCGAGUCGACCGCGACGUGGACCUACUAGGCAGCUCCGCUGAGGUGGUCGACGGACGACGAUAGGGGCACUUGACACGUCCCUGCGUCGUAUUGUGCCUUCCAGGCGAUCCGUCGUCUCUCAAGCAUUCCCCCCCGGGUCUUCAUUUCUGCGUCUCUUUCUCUUUGUCGCAUGGCUCGUUCUCGAGCCUAGCCGUAAAUGACACCUGCAGCCUAGCAGCCUGGUACGGUUUUUGGAAUAUGGUAUGUUGAUAUUGGAUCGGACAAUCAAGCAUGUUAUUGGAAGGUUAGUUAGCUC